GUCCUAGCAACUGCAAAAUUGAGAGACCCUAUAGGCCAGAGCAUAUAAUGGCGAAAAUAGCCUUGGGAACCACCGGUGAGGGUGCCCUUCCAGAAGUCUGGAGAGCCCUUGUGGUUGAGUUUAUCACUACCUUCCUCUUCGUCUUUGCUGGUGUCGCAUCAGCCAUGGCUACUGAUAAGCUAGCAGCACAUGCACUAGUGGGGUUGUUUGCCGUAGCUGUGACACAUGCACUAGUUGUGGCCGUGAUGAUAUCCGCCGGCCACAUAUCUGGCGGUCACCUUAACCCUGCCGUCACUCUUGGCCUCCUGUUUGGCGGUCACAUUACCCUCUUCCGAUCUAUACUCUACUGGAUCGAUCAAUUGUUAGCAGCUGCCGCAGCUUGUUACCUUCUAGAGUACCUCAGUGGAUUGACUACUCCAAUUCAUUCACUUUCAAGUGGGGUGGGCUAUUUAGAAGGUGUGAUAUGGGAGAUUGUCCUCACAUUCUCCUUGCUAUUCACAGUCUAUGCUACAAUUGUUGAUAAGAGAGGAUCUCUUAAUGGAUUGGGCCCUACACUAACUGGAUUUGUUGUCGGGGCCAACAUCCUAGCUGGCGGAGCCUUCUCAGGAGCUUCAAUGAACCCAGCAAGGUCCUUUGGUCCUGCUUUGGUAAGCUGGAAUUGGACUGACCACUGGGUUUAUUGGGUUGGUCCUCUCAUUGGCGGUGGACUUGCUGGGUUCAUUUAUGAAAAUUUCUUCAUUAUUGGGCAAACUCAUCUCCCAAUUCCAACAGUGGAAACUGCUCUGUUAGGUUAAUCUGCAGCUCUGCUUGUUAUGUAACUAUUGUAUUUGGUGGGUUGGUAACUCAAUAAUUCAACCCCAAAGCUAUUUUAUAUAUUUACACAUUUCCAUUCAUGCAUGCAUAAGCGACAAAAUUGUAGCAUUAUUCUCAAGCUAACGCAAAAAAUUUUGAGU